AUGGGGUCGCGAUUCACGGGCGACUCCCAGGACCCCGCGGUCAACGUGACCACAUGGCUUCUCAUGGUCAUCAUGGUCUUCAGCGUCGCGACCAGAGUUUUUUCAAAGCUCCACCUUUUCAGGAGACUCAUGGCCGAUGACCUCCUGAUAUUUGCCUCGCUGGUGUUUGGCAUCGCCCAAGGCAUCACCAUCUCGCUGGCCGUCGCCGCCGGCUAUGGCGACCACUACACGACCGUCUCCAGCGUAGGCUUGGAUCGGGUGAUGAAGAGCCUCUACGCGGCGUCUCUUCUCUACAUCCUGAGCCUGGCGUGCUCCAAACUAUCCCUGGCCGUGUUCAUCCGCAGCCUCACCCCGACCGCGAAGGAUAGGCGACUGGCCGUCGUCGUCGAGGCCAUUAUUGGGGUCUGGGCCACUAUUAUAAUUUUCGGGACCGCGUUCCAAUGCUCAGUGCCCCGGACCUGGGACAUAUGGAACGGCAAGUGCUUCAGCGUGUUGGCAUGGCGCUACUUCGUCGCCGGCUCGAACAUCCUGACCGAUCUCUUGCUUAUGGUUCAGGCGAUCGUUCUGGUUUCCAGCAUCCAAACGACGGCGAGGCGUCGCAUGAUGUUUGCCGCUAUCUUCCUACCCCGGCUUUUGUUAGUUGUUCCAAUCGCCGCGAUAGUCCAGCUUACCGCCAUCAAGAAAGGCACGCAGACCGAUGACCCGACGGUCCAGCUGUGCGAGAACACUAUCAUCGAGGGGGUCAUCCAGUGCCUCAGUAUCGUGACGGCCUGCUGGGGUCAGCUCAAGCCCUUCACCUCCUGGAUGCGCUCGAACGGGCUCAAGCUCAACGACGUCGACAACACGUCCGCCUGGUCCUACAAGAUGAGCGACCGCAAGACCAGGACCGGCAAGUCCGACGGCGCCGUCGACUCCGACUUCUCCCUCCCUCCGCGCCGCGACCGGAUCCUCAUCACGCACGAUUGGGACGUCAAUAGCCAGUCGAGCCAGGCGAACAUCAUCAUCGAGGCGGAGGACGGGGGGAACAACCACCACGACGACGCCCAGACCAGCGACGGCACCCACCAGGUGCGGUCGCCCGCUAGUUAAUCCAACCCAACUUAACAGUUAAUAAUUGUAUAUAUAUGUACUAUACCUAGAUACCACUACUAGAUAAGAAUUAGAAUCCUU